AUAAAAUUAUUGAGCUAAACAACACAUUUCUUUUUUAAUUUAUACAUAAUUACACAUCAAUUUUUGUCAGAUGACUAUACUUCCGCUAACCCGUGAUUAAUGACUUCAAUAUCGAUUAAUCUUUCGAUUAUUAUUCGAAAUAUCGACUUUUUGCGCUUUUUUAAAAUGAUUAUACACUUUUUCGUAUUUAAACAUAGAAUUGAAAAGUGCUUGCUGAACACCCUGUAUACAGCAGAAAUUAUAUGUCAGCAUCGUCUUGCGUGGGGUAUGGCAAGUUCAUGUUUUAGUAAUGUGGAUGAAUAUGGUUUUGAGAGACCCCACGACUUUGACUAUGAAACCUAUGAAGACUUUAUGUCAGAAUACCUCAAGGUACUUGCUAAAAGAGCUAAGAAAUGGGCUGAAAUUAUUGGAGAAGGAAAAUCAUUGCAACGUAAUAUUACAAUAAAAAGAUAUGUUCGUAAAGGUAUACCAGGAGAACAUAGAGGAUUAGUAUGGCUGUCUGUCAGUGGAGGAGAAGAUAUAAAAAAUGAAUAUCCUGAUCUUUAUCAGAAAUUGUUACAGUCUCCUCAUAACAAAGAAGUUGCAGAUAUUAUAAAAACUGAUCUACCAAGAACUUUUCCUGACAAUAUAUUUUUCAAUAAUACAGAAAAUCAGCAAUAUCAAUUGUAUAAUAUUUUAUUAACUUUUGCUCAUCAGAAUAAAACAGUAGGAUAUUGUCAAGGUUUGAAUUACAUAGCAGGUUUAUUAUUACUUGUUACAAAAAAUGAAGAAACAGCUUUUUGGUUGUUAAAAGUUUUAAUAGAAAAAAUCUUACCUGAUUAUUAUACACCAACAAUGGAUGGCCUGCUUACAGAUAUCGAUGUACUCGCAGAAUUAGUCAAGAUAAAAAUGCCAGAUAUUUAUCAACAUGUUACAAACAUAGGCUUACCGUGGCCAGUCAUUACAACCAAAUGGUUUGUGUGUUUGUUUGCAGAAGUUUUACCAAUUGAGACUACGCUGCGUAUAUGGGAUUGCCUUUUUUAUGAAGGCAGUAAAAUCAUAUUUCGUGUUGCAUUAACUUUGAUAAAAAGGAACAAAUGCAACUUACUUGCAUGUCAAGACUUUACAACAUUAGCAGAAUGUUUUAAAGAAAUAACAAAAGACAGCAUUGUUUUAAAAUGCCAUGAAUUUAUGCAGAGUAUAUUUAAAGUACCUGGAUCGCUACCUGGCAGCACAAUUAUAAAAUUAAGAACAAAAAUUUCAAGACAACGCAUGGAACAAAAAGAAAAUAAGUUAGGACGAUAGUAAUGACCGAACUUUUGAUCAAUUAAAUGAUUCUAGUCAAUACAUAUUAUUCGACUUCAAAUUCUUACAAAACAAGUAUGUUCUGUAGGAUUGUAUUGUAAUGUUACCUCUACAGUGUUCUUGUAAAUACAAAAAUUUAGUAUUAGCAGAAGAAACAUCAAUGUUUUAAUGUAUAUUGAUUUAUAAAAUUUUAUACAUUUAUUAUUUAUAAAUAGGAACAAGCAUGAAACAUUAGUUUUAUUGUGUAUUGUAUAAGAAUAUGGUAUACUAAUUAUAUUAAUAUCAUAUUAUUUUAUUGCUAUAAUUUUUCAUUCUUCCAUAUUAGAAUUAGGACAACGAUCAAUGUAUUUUCUUAUAAAUAAUUUUAUUAUAAGUUAAAUAAAAUAUAAGAUCACUAUGUUGUUAAA